CAGGCAUUCGAGCGACUGGCAAUUUGGAGAAUUUUACAGUUCGCCAGCGAGCCGGGGUGAAUCCUUCCACCGGAAAUAUGGCCCCCACUGCUCCGGAAGUGCUACUCUCAUAUCAACUGCCAUCUGAGACGAGAGGAACUAGCGGAUCGGAAGAACGCACGGGAUGGUCAAGGGGCCAAGCAGGAGUUGACGUGAGCCAAUCACCAAACGGCCAUCACCAAAGCGAGCCGACACCGGGUCACCGGUGUGCACAUUUUAAUCCUGCACAGCAGCGUGGAACAAAUAAACGUGGCAUACUAUUAGAGGCUCUGACCGAUCCCGGUUCACUUUUGAUAAACAACUCAACGCCGUGCCCUGAAAACUACACUGAAUAUCCCUUUUAUACAGAUGCACGGGCGUCGGGCCAUGACGCCGGGACGCCGGAACGUUUCAGCGGCGUCAAGACUCCGCAAGGACGCCGGGGUCAAAUCUCACAGCGUCACGUAAAAUCUCACCCUCUCGCGGCGGCGAAAAUAAUCUCAGGGAGAACCACCAUCUACCCCUUUAUUGACGUCACCAAAGCCAUGGACUACCUCAGCAACUACGACACGCAACCACGGCCAAAGAGGUGGCCUUUGCGUAUCCUCCUCACCGAAGCCGAACAGCGGGAUAUGGAGAGGAGGAAAAAUAUGGCGAAAUAUUCCGCCGGAAUGGCCGGAACACGCACGGGUUCGACUCUGGUCGGGAUCCUGGGGACGCUAACGGAGCUGCUUUUGGGAAGUUUAAGAUCCACGAAACGGUUGAAACGACAAACAGCGUUCGAGUCCGACCAAACGAUUUCGGCAGCAGCAACGCUGUCGAACAGCGGAGGUGAGAGUUUUCCUACUGGCCAUGCCAUUGAUCCUAAUCCAAACACCCCGGAUGCACUUAACAUGGGUGAAUCUAUGAACCGAAUUCGUGUAACAAACACGCCAUAUUCUGUGAUACAAAAAGAUGAGCUGUCAUCGAGCGUCACACUUGCCAAUAAACGAGUUACCGAAGAUAACAAAACACCUCGACGCGAUCGAAAACGAAGAAAGGGUACAAAAUCACGUGGUGGCGUUGAUACAAACUGUGAUGUGGCGCCGAAGAACGCGAGUCAAAGUUCUAGCGUGAAAGAGCGCCAUCGCGCAAAGAAAUUAAACAAAGACGGGGAUAGACACGACAUCGUCAAUGUUAAGAGUAGUUCGGAUAAACCCAGUGAAGACGCAAGCGGUUCUCCGUGUGAUGGACACAGGAAGAAGAGAAAGCGCAAAAAUCGUUUCAACAAGAUCCGUGGCAAGAGCAGCACCACGUCCCGCAAAGGAUCCACCACCACGACUCCCAAAGGAUUUACCACCACGACCCCCAAAGGAUCCACCACCACGACUCCCAAAGGAUCCACCACCACCACCCCCAAAGGAUACAGCGCCAUGACCCACAAAGAAUCCAGCAUCACGGCCCAAGGAUCCAGCGCAACGUCUUCACCUGUUCAGGUGACAUCCAUUUCGCGGCAGCAGCUUGGCGAAAACCCCGCAGCAGAAACACAAAACACGGGCCUAUUUCCUGACAAGAGAACAACAGCUGAUAGCACGGCUCAGAUUAGUCUGGACAGUGAGCCUUUGAAAAAAACCAUUAGCCUCACGGUCAUUCACCCUGCACAGAGCGGCAAAGUUGCUGAAUAUAACGGCUCACCGAAACCAGAUGGUACCGAGGUUUGGACCCCAGUCAGCGUAUUGGCAGACAACGAUUCUGACAAGACAAGAAUGACGAAUACACCGCCGCGACCAGAUUCGGAGUGGCACGACCAUCAGAGACAGCAGCGCCGCAGGGGAUCACUUGACACCGUUGGGGUGGAGACAACUACGUCACAUACACAAUUUCAUACGGGGUUUACUAAGCCUGUUACACAACCCCUCCCUUCAACCAAUGAACCCGUAUUGCUGACCCUCAAAGAGGCGACAACAUCGGUGACCAAAUACAAAAGCGCCUAUGACUUCUUGUCCGCCCAGCAAGGUCUGAGGCGUGACACGCCCAGCAAUGCCAGGAAGGAAGCAGAGGCAUUCAACCUCCGCCUGGCGACGAGCUUGUGCAAGGUUUUCGGGAAACGUUAUGUACCUACCCCCAUUGGGGGCAAGUGUGAGUAGGCCCACAUUGGGGGCAAGUGUGAGUAGGCCCACAUUGGGGGCAAGUGUGAGUAGACGCACAUUGGGGGCACAUUUGAGUUUAACCGUAAUGAAGUGGGGGAAGCGUGAAUGUACCCACAUUGGGGGCAAGUUUGUGUAGAUCCACAUUUGGGGCAAGUUUGUGUAGAUCCACAUUUGGGGCAAGUUUGUGUAGAUCCACAUUUGGGGCAAGUUUGUGUAGAUCCACAUUUGGGGAAAGUUUGUGUAGAUCCACAUUUGGGG